AUGAGUAUCCGAACCAAGGGCUCGCUAGCAGGAUGGGAUCAGAUGCUGGCCUUGGACCUGACGCUCAUGAAUCAAAUUCACAACUUCUGGUGGAAAAAGGAACACGGCCGAAAAGCUGUCACCUGGACCUACGACCACACAGACGACGGCGUUAUAAUAACGGGGCAACAGAAGGAGCCCGGCACCUUCUUGCCAGUUGACCGUAUCAAUGACAGCUGCUUUUGGUACGCAGUCAAGUUGACGAAUGGCACGGUGCAAAAGGGAAAUCAAAAGGUCCCAAUCAAGGAGUGGCACGUCCAGUUCCCAGUCAAACUUGAGAAAUAUCAACUUCCAAGCUCUGGCUACAACGAUCCGGAGGGCUUAAUUCACUGGGGUGCCAGUAUUAAAUUCAUCCGUCCACGCGACUCUUGGGACAAGAAAAUGCCGAAAUUUGUGGAUAGUGAGACGCAGUCUCCUAGCGAAGGUGAAGUUAUACAAAAACUAGGGAUUAAUUCUCUCAACAUUGACUUCUGGUUCUGGCCUACGUAUGAUCACUCGCCAGAGGAUGCAGGAGGACUAGGGGUGAUUUUACGUUUGGUACCCUCGGACAAAGUAGUCAACCAGGAACGGUUUCAUUUUGGGCCGACUAGCUUUGAAUUACAGCUCAUUUACGACAAUGGAGGUGGCUUACAUAUUCCAGCCAUGGUCCAGAACCGUCAGGGACCUGGCACCUGGCCUGCACUUGACGGCGACAGUUUGAAAGAGGAUGCCGGCAAGCUUGGUAUCUCAGCCGACCUGUUCUGGAAUCAAUGGUUCCUCAAGUACUACAGCUACUUUGUCUUCGACUCACAGAUCUGGCCCGUUGUUCCUGAUAGCUAUCGUGUGGGCUACAACCCAAAUCACCCCUACGUGGACAAUGGUUCUUACAGGGACCAUUAUUAUGACUUCGUCCCAAAUGAAAGACAUCAUAAUGGGGUAAAUGAACCCGACAAAACUGUUUGGACUAGUGGUACUUCUUCCGCUGAUUUGCCAGGUGGGAACCGAUAUAUCAGUCAAACAGCUUGGGUAGAUUUCGGAUAUCGCAGUGAGGACGGCAUCGAUCUUGGGGGAGAAAUAAAUGCCAAACUAGAUGACAGCGGCAAUUGGCAAGUUUGGUGGUGGGUGGCCAGUUUCCAGGUCAAGGAAAUGCGUACCAACGACGGCAGCGUAGACAUCGAGAUUGGACAGAUUGGGUGGGCUGGCUUUAACAAUAACAGCUCCCCAGACUGGGCUAGGAAAUUAUAUUCCGCCAUGGGUGAUACUGUAACGAGGACGAUCAAGUCGAAGCUAGGGGAUCUAAUAGGUCUGAAGAAUGCACAUCAAUUCUGGGUACCAGGAUAUGAAAAUUUCAUUGCACAGGAUCCAAGGUUCCUCGACACAAGAGAUCUAGUGAUAGAUAUGACUAUGAAUGGUGUCCCUAGAUAG